AUGCUCCAGUAUUACUUGCGGAUGGAGCCCCACCUCUUCAAGACCGCCGUAGAUACGCAACUGACCAAACUGCGCGAGGAGAAGCUGCGCCGGCAGGAGAAAGAGGAGCAGCUGCUCGCCAGUUCGGAUGGGACAGAGCUAGCGCUUUACAGGCGCAUGGAGGAGGUUCGCGAAGUUGAGGUCCGGGCGACCUUGGAGGACCUGAUGUACGUGUCCAUAUUGGAGAAGUUCCUGUUGCUGGGGGUGGACAUGCUGCCGCGUAUGGAUGGGUUCGUGGACCCCCCGUCCACCAACCUCAAGGCCCUGACUGAGGGCAUCCACAGCAAGGAGGCUCUGGAGCUGGUCAGGGAGCACCUGCUCUCGGUCAUGGGGACUGCGGCCACCGCGUACAGCAACGCCUACGUGAAGAUGAGCAAGUUCCAAAUGGCGCAGGCAGGUGGCGGAGUGUACGCCGCCAGCGUGAUGUUCGGCUACUUCCUGCGGCGAGUGGAUCAGCGUUUCCGGCUGGAGAAGGCGCUGGGGACACUGCCGCUCAGUAAGGAGGACGCGGUGGCUCGCCUGGAGAGACUCUUUGCGGCGGCUGGCGACGUGGAGACGUCGGACAAUCCCGACUUCGCGGACGCCACCACCGUGGAUCUGGACUCCCCAGCUCCCUCCUCCAUCGGCAGCUCGGUAGACGAGGACACAACCACGUCGUCAGCAGCGUCCACUGCCGGGGCAUACGGCUCAGCCAACCGAAGCAGCGGCGGCGCCGCAUCGACCUCGGGCCGGGGGCCUGUCGGGUCUCGGCGGGGUCCCGGGGCCGAGGGUGGCGGCGGUCGGGGCAAGAGCGCCCUGCGGCGGUACGUGGAGUCGUUCGACCAGGCUACCAUGGUGGAGACGGCGAGGGUGGUCAGCGUGGAGGGUGCGGCGCUGGUGGAGCGGCAGACGUCGGCGCUGCUGGGGGACAUUAAGAAGCUCACCACGCAGAUGCAGGAAGUCGUUGGUGACAACGCCAGCUCCAUGCAGGAGGCUAUUGAGCGUAUGGCCAAGGCCGUGGAGCUGGACAUGGUGGAGACCGUUACGAUGGCUGUUGCCACCCAGAGGCGGUCGGUGCUGGAGGCCGUGGCGUUCGGGUCCUUUCUGAGAGACGUGGAGAGCUGGGUGCAGGACGAGUACGCGCUGCUCACACCUAUCCCGCCACCGCAGCUGCCGCCGGCAGCGACCGUGUAA